AUGGCUGAGGCACAGUUGACAUUCAUGGACAGUUUGGAAAAUAAUGAACGUAAAUGCAAGGGACCCACUCUGAAAGAACUGCUGCAGAAACCACCACUACUACCAAGAAUGCAAAUGUGUAAACCGAAGCAACAACCACCACCGAUUCAUCAAAAACAAGAAAACGUUUUCUCGGAUCAAAAGGAAAAUAGUUUUGAAAAUUUCGUAGGGUUCGAGGAAGAAUGGAAAAAACUACAGAGAGAACUCGAUCUUCCUGAUUUGGAUGUCGAACGACGUCAUCUGAAAAGACGCAUGGUAGAAAAGACACCAGUGCCACCCCAUCCUCUCCAUAAAGAGUUAGAAACAUUAAAAGACUUUGAAAAGAAAAUGAGAAACAAUCUUGAUGAAAUUAACACUAUUAUAGUAUCUGGAUUGAAUCGAAUUAAAAAGUUCCUUGAAUCAAUGACCACGGAGGAUGGGAAGACCAUCUUGGAGAAAACCUGGGGUAAUUUGAAAUCCCAGUUUGAGUUCUUCUUAGUGUUGGAGGAGGGGGAGGAGAGAAAGUUUACAACACAUACUGCAACUUCAUUUGCACGAACCUUUACCCCACUGAUGAACAUGAGAAAGGGACGCAUAAUAGUGGUAUCCUCUGAUGAUACCUUCUCAAGGAAGAGGGGUGAUAUCUUUAAGGAAGUAAAUCCAGGAAAAAAUAAAAAAGGACAGGGAAAGAGGGGACGCUGUAGAAGUGGGAAAGCAAGUACAAAUUACAUAGAUGAUGACCAGAAGCGCAACAAUUCAGUUUUUAAAAGAAAGAAUACUCUGCUAAAAAAGGCAAAAGAGCUUCACAGCACUACACACUGUGAAAUUCUUUUAGUAAUUAAAACCCCUUCAGGAAAGGUCAACACCUUUACCACAUCUCUCUUUGAAGAGGAACUGAGAAGCCUCAUGGACCGCUCGAAAGGAAAACCUACUCCUCAACCUUCCUCAACUCCUUCUUCUAUUCACUCUAAAACUAUAUCUCCUUGUCUUUUCACAACCCCCCUUACUACUCCAUCACCCACUUCUACUGUCGUUCGCACAUUUGACAUAUCCUCUCCUCCGCGCUCUUCUAUUUCUUCACCACCCGCUACCUUUCCAUCUCCCCAACCUACUCUUUCCACUGAAAUAACUGUUCGAGCCGAGGUCCACACACCCCCUCCUUCCAAAAAACCCACCCCAACUCCAGCUAUUCCACUUAAGAGAAGGAGGAUCGAUUCGUUAAAAAAUAAGUCAACGCAGACAGAGGAUAUCAAGACAAAGAUUCCAGACACAUGUAAUAUUUGUCUCAGAAAAGAAGCGCGUGGCCAUUGGGUUGGAUGUGACAAAGCACGUUGUGGUUACUGGGUCCAUGACCAUUGUGUGGGAUUUUUUUUUAAUUCUAAUAUUCAGAUAAAGAAAGCAAAAUUCAAGUGUCCAGUGCAUAGAAAUUAA